GAGAGAGAGAGAGAGGGAGAGAGCGAGAGCUUGUCUACGGUAACGUUCCAGACGCACUCUCCGCCCCCUGCUGCUCGAGAGACAGGUGGUCGGGACACAUGCCUUCAUCCUCGAGUGCUCCCCGGUUAAAAGAAGAAAACAAAUCGGUUGACGGACAGCGGUGGGACUGCCGUCGCGAGGCAAGCGCGUCCCCGAUGGAAUUGGAGCUGUUGACCUCCGCGCAGCGAGCACUGGGCAGAGGAGAGAGAGGGGAAAGCAAGUUGGCGAGAGAAACUCACCGAUUUACGUUUACGUUUCUCACCAUGACUAUUGCGCUCGCUGUUUUUCCGCCACAGCGGAGGGGAUUCUUAUUCGCGUACAGAAGGAAGAAACACACAAACCUCUGAUCGCAAACCGUAGAGAGAGAGAGAGAGAGAGAGAGAGAGAGAGAGAGAGAGAGCAUUACCGGGGAAUUUCGUUUCGUUCGAUUAUUCGUUUGGAUCCUAAUAGCUGGUGGAAGUUGUCUCGUUGGGGGUUAUGAUGGCUUCGGGUACCGGUAAAGCCCCGCAGCCCCCUGGGCCAGGCUCCGGUAGCCUUAACGGGACUGCAGCAGACUUACCGAACAUAGAACAAGAGCUGUAUGAUUAUCAGAUGCACGGAAAGAUGUGCAAGAAGAUAGCUCAGCUAACCAAGGUGAUCUAUUCUCUGAACACUAAGAACGAAGAGCAGGAAGCUGCCCUUCAGGCCGUCAGCCACGCCCGCCAGGAAGAGCUGAGGCGCGUUACCACGGAGACGCGUGCCGACGGGGAGGAGUCGGUAGUGCUCAGGACACGCCUCUCGGAGCUGGCGGAAACUCUAGCUCAGGUUCAGGGAGACUUCGAGAACUACCGUGCCCAGGCGGAGGAGAGGGAUCGUGGGGUAGAGGCAGAGCUGAGGAGGGACUACGAGGAAAAGCUCCAAGCCCUGGAGCUGGAGAGACAGGAGGCCCGGGCCCGACUCAACACGGCCCACGGCGAGAGCCUCCGACUGGGGAGAGAACUGGAGACGGCUGGGGAGUCCGCACAUUGCCUGGAGGUUCAAUGUGACGAACUACGGAGGAAAGGAGAAGAGGAGCGAGGGAAGGGGAAAGAGGAGGAGACGGAGAGAAUGCGACUCCUCUCGGAGGAGGUGAAGACUCUGAGGAAAGGGAAGGAGCAAGCGGAGGAAGAGAGGGAGAGGGCAGUGAGAGAGGAGAGGGAGAGAGCAGUGAGAGAGAGGGAGAGAGCGGUGAGAGAGGAGAGGGAGAAGUGGGAGAGGCGGAUGAAGGAGGUGACAGAGGAGAAGGAGGAGGAGAAGAGAAGCAUGGAGGAGGCGUGCAGGGAGGAGAGACGGCAGUGGGAGGAGAGAGAGGAGGAGGAGAAGAGAGGGAUGAGUACAGUACUGAGAGAGAGAGUGAGGAAGGCGGAGGGAGAGGUGGAGGGCAGUCUGCAGCGACUCAACGAGAGCAAGAGACACGCAGCCAAACUACAGGACAGAAUACAGGACCUGGAGGAGGAGUUAGAGUCGGGGAGGAGGCGUGUCUCGGAGGCAGAGGGUGGGGCUAAGAGGGCAUGGGAGGAGUUAGUCGUGGCCAAAGAGAGACUACUGCUGCAGGAGGAGGAGCUGCAGAGCAAAUCAGAGGAGCUGCUGAGUCGUGGUGUGUGUGGGUGUGUGUGUGUGAACGUGGAGGAGUUGAAAGGUCAGGUGAACAAACUGCAGAGCAGGAACAGAGAGCUGGAGUUACAGAGCAACGACCACACCAGGCAGAUACGACAGCAUGCGGAGGCCUUGGCUAGUCUGCGUUCUGAGAUGGUGAGGGCUCAGUCAGAGGAGCUCCGGAGAGAACGGAAGCACGCAGAGGUGGAGAAGGAACAAAUGCAAAAAGAGAUGCAGGAAGAGAGAGACAGAAUGCAGAAAGAAAGAGAAGAAGAGAGAGAACGCCUGCAGAAAGAGAGAGAAGAAGAGAGAGAACGCCUGCAGAAAGAGAGAGAAGAAGAGAGAGACAGACUGCAGAAAGAGAGAGAAGAAGAGAAAGGAACGGCGGCAACCCAGAUGGAAGGAAACACGGAGCGAGUGGCGGAGGAGAGAGAGAGUCUGAACAAGGAGAAGAAGAAAUUGGCAGAGCAGGCGGAGGUAGAGAGAAAGCGAUUGAAAGAUCAGGUGAAGAGAGCGAUUGAAGAGGUCAUGAGGAAACACGCGUCUGAACUCCACAACGCCCAGGAAGCGCUGAGGAAAAACCAAGAGCAGGUGUGUGUACGUGUGCAGGAGGAGAGGAAGAGCGUUGAAGAGGUGUGUCGAAGGCUGGAGACUGAGAGGGUGGAGCUUAGAGACCAGCUGCAGCAGGCAACCAAUCAGAUCUGGCGUUUGGAAGGUGUCAUACAGCAGCAAGGUCAAGGGUGUGUGGCCUCUGAAACUCCUCCCACCUGCGGAAUCCACUGUUCCCACCUCCGAGAGGAACUACGACACACACAGGAAGAGAUGGAGCGGCAGAGAGAGAGUUACCAGAGAGAGAUGACAGGCCUGAGAACAGACAAACAGAGACUGGAGGAGAAGGUUCUAGAGCUCAACCGACAGACCCAAGAGAACACCGACAGAAACGUUCUAGAACACAACCAAGAGAACACCGACAGAAACGUUCUAGAACACAACCAAGAGAACACAGACAGAAACGUUCUAGAACACAACCAAGAGAACACCGACAGAAACGUUCUAGAACACAACCAAGAGAACACAGACAGAAACGUUCUAGAACACAACCAAGAGAACACAGACAGAAACGUUCUAGAACACAACCAAGAGGACACCGACGAGAGAAUCCGGUCAGAGUGUGAGGAGCGCCUGAGGGCGGAAUUUAAAGCGGAGCUUGACGCGGCUGUUGCCGCGAGCAACCAGAGAGAGCAGGAGCUGCAGACUCAACUAGCCGAUCUCCAAUCACAGGUGGAGAGGAAGGCGGGGCCAGCAGAGGGUCACCAUGACGACAGUGAGAUUGACAGGCUGCGAAGGGAGGUGCAGGAAACCAGAGACAUGAACCAGAGACUGAGAGAACAGCUGCAGGAGGAACACUCUGAAGAACGACACUCGGCGGCGUUGCAGGCUCUGGAGAGACGAGCUCAGGAAGACCUGCAGACAGAGAGGAACAGACUACACACACUACACCUGUUACAGCUAGAUAAGCAGGGUACAGAGCUGAGCCAGCAGUACACAGAGUGGAGUAGACAGUUGACCCAGAGACAUAUGAAACACAUUGAAGACCUGCAGACUGAACUACACACACACACCGAGAUGAUGGCCCUGCAGCAGGACUUAAAGCAGCAGAACCAGUACCAGGUGCUGGAUCGUCAGCUGGAUGAGAGUCGCAGCGCCGUUCUGGAACUACAGAGAGAAAACACUGAACUGAGGGACCAGCUGAGGUCGGGAGAGGAGGACAUGGAAAGAGAAAGACAACAGAAGGAGAGAGAAGAGGAAGCACAACGACUGAGAGAAGAGGAAGCACAACGACUGAGAGAAGAGGUGGACAGACUGAGAGAAGAGGAGAUGGAGGAGAAGAGGAAGGAGGAGGAGAAGAACAGGAGAGAGGAAGAUGAGAAGAGGAGAGAGGAGGAGAAGAGAAGGAAGGAGGAGGAGGAAGAGGAGAAGAGGAGGAAGGAGGAGGAGGAGGAGGAGAGGAGAGAGGAGAUGAAGAGAGAGCACAGGAGAGCGAUACAGAGUCUGGUGUGUGAAUACAGCAGCUCUCAGACAGAGCUACAGACUCGCAUAGUCGCCCUGGAGACAGAGCUGCGGGAGCGUGAGGAGAGGUGCAGGAGGAGAGAGGUUCCUCUCUGUGAUGACCUCCAGAUGGGGAGACUACAGGAGAGACUCACUGAGAGAAACCAGCUCAUCAAACGCCUAGUGGUAAGAA